CACCAACGGACGGGCACCGGCUGCACAUACCCGCCGCGGCCACCACCGGCCCAGCACACCGGCCGCGGCCACCACCGGCCCAGCACACCGGCCCCGGCCACCACCGGCCCAGCACACCGGCCCCACACACCGGGCCCCGCCCCGCCACCAUGGCCAGCCGCGGCACCCGGCCCACGUCCCAAGAACGCCGGUCCAGCGGGGCGGACAGAGCAGACCAAAGGGGCGCGGACGGCCGACCCGCUCUUUCCACUGGCCCCGAGCUCGGCCCUAUGACCUUGAUGGGGCAGAGCUGCCCUCUCCACAACCGCAGAGGCAGUGCGAGGGUAGUGCCCAGGGACGAGAAUAUGGAACUCUCAUUUAGCAUGGAGAUGGACACCAGGAUCUAUGGGAGCAAUCCGGGCCAGCACCAGGACAGUUCCCAAGCCACACCGAUACAACGAGCCCUGCGAUCACUCAGCAUCCCACUGGAGAGGCUGCAUAUUAUGAAGGGCCACAUGAUAGAGGACAUGUGCAAGGGGCUGUGCCGCCAGACGCACGCACAGGCCAAAGUGAGGAUGCUGCCCACCUACAUCGCCUCCAUUCCCAAUGGCACUGAGAAGGGCAACUUUCUGGUGGUGGAGCUGUGCCAGAACCAGGUUCGGACCCUGUUGGUGACCCUCUACGGAGAUGGAAACAUGAGCCCCAACAUUGUGUACAAGAUCUUUGACAUGCCAGAGGGCAUGAGGCAGGGCGAGGGGGAAGCGCUCUUUGACUUCAUUGCACAAUGCCUGUCCAAGUUCCUGGCUGAGACCACCACCUCUGAGAUCAAAGAGACCACAACCCUCCCCUUGGGCUUUGUGUUCCCCUUCAGCUGCCAGCAGACAAGGCUGGACAAGGCAGAACUCCUCUCCUGGUCCAAGGGCUUCAGCUGCAGUGGCGUGGUGGGGAAGGACGUGGCGCAGCUGCUGCAGUCAGCCAUCAAUAAACAGGAGCUCCGCCAUGUGGAGGUCGUCGCCGUGAUGAACGACACCGUGGGCACCAUGAUGACCUGCAGCAUGGAGGGAAGGCCCUGUGAGGUCGGCAUAGUGGCAGACAAGGGCUCCAACUGCUGCUUCAUGGCCGAGUCAUACCUGGUGGAAACAGCAGACGAGACCAGCGGGCGGAUGUGUGUCAACACUGAGUGGGGCUGCUUUGGGGACGAUGGCAUCCUGAAUGAUGUCUUCACACCCUAUGAUGAAUGCGUGGAUAAGGAAUCUUCCAACCCUGGGGUGAAGAGGUUUGAGAAGAUGGUGGGCACCCUGUACGUGGGGGAGAUUGUCCGGCACGCACUGAUUGCCCUGACCGCUGAGAAAGCUCUCUUCAAUGGGACUGAUGUUGCUGUCCUGAAGCAGAAGGGAGUGUUCACAAUGCAGCAUGUUCUGGAUAUCAUCAACAACGAGGAUGGCAUAACUGAAGUGAAGAAGAUUCUGGAGUCUCUGAGGCUGCAGCCAAGUGAGCGGGAUUGUGGCCGGGUGCAGCAGAUCUGCCGGGCAGUGAUGGGGCGCGCUGCCACGCUCCACGCCACAGGGCUGGCUGCCAUCCUCAGCUACAUGUGCCAGACCCGGGAUUUGGAGACGCUGACGGUCAACGUGGGGGUGGAAGGAGAACUGUACACGGGCUACCCCAGGUUUGAGGAGAUCCUGCUGAGUGUGUCAAGGCUACUGGCCCCUGAGUGCAUGCCCACUCUCCUGCCCUCGAGAGAUGGCUCUGGGCGGGGGGCAGCCAUGGUGACAGCAGUGGCUCUGCGCCUGGCAGCCCAGAGCCGCGCUGUGGAUGAGGUGCUGGCCCCUCUGCGGCUCUCCCGUGCUGACCUGGAGAAAGUCCAGGCACUGAUGAGGCAGGAGAUGGACCGGGGCCUGUGCAAGGAAACCAAUCCCACUGCCUCUGUCCGCAUGCUGCCCACCUAUGUUACUCACACACCCGAUGGCACCGAGAGAGGCGACUUCCUGGCGCUGGACCUGGGGGGGACCAACUUUCGUGUGCUGGUGGUGCGCGUGACAGAGGAGGGCAUCACCAUGGCCAGCGAGAUCUACGUCAUCCCAGCUACCAUCAUGCAGGGCACCGGCGAGGCGCUCUUUGACCACAUCCUUGACUGCAUCAUAGACUUCCAGAUGAAACAGAACCUGGUGACACAGAUGCUGCCUCUUGGCUUCACCUUCUCCUUCCCCUGCCAGCAAGUGGGCCUGGAUAAGGCAUUGCUGCUGACCUGGACCAAAGGCUUCAGUGCCUCAGGCUGCGUGGGAAAGGAUGUUGUCCAGCUGCUGCGGGAUGCUGCCAAGCGCAAACAGCACUUAGGCAUGCAGGUGGUGGCUCUGGUCAAUGACACAGUGGGAACCAUGAUGGCCUGUGGUUAUGAUGACCCCAAAUGUGAGAUCGGCCUCAUUGUGGGGACAGGGACCAACGCCUGUUACAUGGAGGAGAUGAAGAACGUGGGCACUGUGGAGGGAGACCAGGGCCGCAUGUGCAUCAACAUGGAGUGGGGGGCCUUUGGGGACAACGGCUGCCUAGACCACCUCUUCACCCAGUUCGACAAGGUGGUGGAUGAAACCACCAUCAACCCGGGCAAGCAGAGGUUUGAGAAGCUCAUCAGCGGCAUGUACCUGGGCGAGAUCGUGCGUCAGAUCCUGAUGGCAAUGGUAGAGAAACAGCUCUUGUUCAAAGGCAGACCCUGCCCCAAACUUCAGACCAGGAACAUCUUCCAGACCAAGUUCCUUUCUACCAUUGAGCUCAACGGGCUGGCCCUGCGGCAGAUACGAGCCAUCCUGAACGAACUGGAGCUCGAUGCCAGCUUCGAGGACAGCGUGCUGAUGCGGGAGGUGUGCCAGGCCGUGUCCCUGCGGGCAGCCCAGCUCUGCGCUGCUGGCUUGGCUGCUGUGGUGGAGAAGAUGCGGGAGAGCCGGGGCCUGGACCAACUGUCUGUCACUGUUGGGGUGGAUGGCACUCUGUACAAGCUGCACCCAUGCUUCUCUGACAACCUCCAGAAGACACUGAAGGACCUGGCACCCAAAUGCAAUGUGACCUUCCUGCUAUCAGAGGACGGCUCGGGGAAAGGGGCCGCGCUCGUGGCAGCUGUGGCCGAUCGUGCUGCCAACGCCGCAAAAUAGUCACCACUCCAAUAAAGCCCUUUGGUCUGCA